AUGGAGAAACUAAACCCAUUUCAACAAAAUGAUUCCCAGAGUCUAUUCGAACUUGCAAAAAGAUUGAAACAACGUCAUUUUUUUGAAACAUUCCUCAAUGAAACUCAAUACAAGAUUGUGGAUUAUAUUUUACUGUUGGACGACAUAGAGGUGUGGAGUCAAUUUCUCGAAGGUAAUUUGUGCUUGCAAAAGACAAGUGAACAAGAUCAACCGUAUGGAUCAAUUGGCAACGAAAAGAUAGAAAAACCUGUACUAGAUGUCAUUGAGGAUAACGAGGCUGGAGAGAAGAAUACUAAACAGGAAGAGAACCAGGAAGAUAAACAAGAGAAAACUGGGGAAAAAGACGAAAACGACGAAAACGACGAAAACGACAAAGGAGAACAGUUGGAUGAGGUCGAGCAAAACUUGGAGCAGUCAUUUGAAGAAGGCGUUGCGUUCAGUAAAAAGCUAGCGCUACAUAUAAGAUACCUUCUUUGGGAGAAAGCGAUUGAUUUUUAUUACGAGUCAAAAUCUUUGGACGAGAAUCUAAAUAUGAUUGAAGAAGUAACUGAUGAUUACGAAUUGAUCGACUCCAUGAGUAGGGCAGACAAGCAAGAAUACGAAACGGAAAUAAAGAAAGUAAUUGAAAAGCCUCAAGUACGUGAGGAAGAGGAAGACUAUGACUAUGAUGAAGAGGAUAAUGAAGAACAACAAGCUGAAACCAAACUGCAAGAUGAUACUGAGACAAAGGAUAAUAAUCUACGCUAUAAUGAUUUAAAUCAGUUGUUGUUAGAAAUACCGGCCUCGAUAUUUGCUACAAAACCCGUCAAUGAUACUGAAAACGAGAAUGUACCGAAUGAGGGAUCUAACAACACCGCUACUGAAUCAAAUGAGGAAGGCAAUAGCGAAAACCUGGACAAGAUUAUCCAAGAGUUUAACAAAGUGUAUCACAAUUUUGAAUAUGAUCGAGAGACGUUGAUCAAAAGGCGAAAGUUAGAACAAUCCGAUCUCCAGUUGGAAAAGACUAAACCAGAAAAUAACAAUACUUCCGAAAACAAUACUAAAAAACCAGGAACUCAAAUGGAGAUUGCCUUGGGCACUGGCUCGACUUCACUACAGCAUUUGCUAUCAACUAUCGAAGCCAAGAGGGACAAGAUCCCGUUGAACGACCACGAACUUCGUGCUUUAUUUAUGGACGUUCGUAAGAACAGGGGCAAAUGGGCAAAUGACGAUCGGAUAGGUCAGGAGGAGCUAUACGAAAGCUGUGAGAAAGUUGUCACUGAGUUGCGCAAUUACACAGAGCAUUCAACAUUUUUCCUAAACAAAGUCUCCAAAAGAGAAGCUCCCAAUUAUGGCCUAAUUAUCAAAAAACCAAUGGAUUUAAAUACAGUUAUGAAAAAGUUGAAAAAUUUGGCAUACAACUCGAAGCAAGAGUUUGUUGAUGAUCUCAUGUUGAUUUGGAGUAAUUGUUUAACUUACAAUGCCGAUCCAAAACAUUUUAUUAGAGCUCAUGCAAUUGCAAUGCAGAAGAAAACCUUGAAGUUAGUACCAUCCAUUCCCGAUAUAACCAUCAAGAGUAAAUCUGACCUUGAGAAAGAGGAGGAAGCCGACUUGAAAAAGAGGCUCAAGGAGGGUGGCAAAGAGGAAGAAGACGAAGAUGAAGACGACGAAGAUAAGGGUGCUAGAGGUGGUAAAAAAUCUGCUAAACAAGGAAGGAAAAGGACUCGUCUGGAUGAUUUGAAGAAUGAGGCUGUUGUAUCAAGGAGUGGGACACCGGCUGGUACAGUAACACCAUCGGCAGCAGGAACCCCAGUUCAUCAAGCCACUGAAAUAAGUGCCGAAGAUCAACUGAAACCAAAUGGUGUCGGCGCAAAUGAUGAAGAAGAGGAAGAGGAUGAAGAGAUGAAUGGAACUGGAGUAGACGAUGAGGGAGGAGCAGGAAUGAAUAAUGGAAACCUAGUAAACGAGGAAGAAGAGUUUGACCCCGAGUUGCAAGCUUGGAGAACUCUUACUGCCAAUUCCCGUGCCAAUUAUUGUGCACAAAGAGCUGACCUCUUUGAUAAGGAUUCACAUCUUCGGUCAGAUGCACCAGCAUUGAUUCGGAAACAAAAUGAGAUGCUGAAUUUCAAUCAUUACUUGUCCAAUCAGGAAGUCAUUUCAAAGACAAACAAUAAUUUGCUAGAGAAUGAUGAACCUUAUUUAGUUGAGUACGAUGUAACUGGAGGCUUACCCGGAUUUGAAUUUGAAGGAGUAAGUAAGGAGGUCGAAGACAUAACGGAAAACAAGUUGGUCGAUGUGUUUUUGCAACAGACUGGAGGUGAUGCUUCCAAAUUGAAAUCAAAGUUUGUUUUAUCUGAUGAAUCUGGAUUGAACAAGUUGUACUUUGAAAACAUUUCCGAAAUUCAAGAGAUUAGAAAGAUUUGCUUCAAGAUCUCGCUAAUACGACAGAUGCAAACACAGCAGUUUGUACAUCACACUCAAAUGCAACAACCAGAGAUUGAGAACAUAAAGGAGGUAGAUUGUGACGCAGCUUCCAAAUUACCCAAUCAUGAUCCAAACACUCGUGAUAUACAAUAUGCCGUAUUGAGGAGAAAUGUAGCCAAAGUUGCCAUGCAAACAGGAUUUGAAAGCACCGAGAGUGCUGCAAUUAGCACCUUAACCCAGAUUGCUGAAAUGUAUAUUGGUAAUAUUGCCAAAUCGUUAAAGAUGCAUAGUGAGACUAAUUCCCGAAAUCAAUUGUCACCGACGGAAAUCAUUUUGUUGUCGUUGUUGGAAAAUGGUGUUGACAAGCCGGAUGAUUUAUACACAUUUAUUCAAGAAAGGAUUAUAAAACAGCGAAAGAAGUUGACUGAAUUGCGACUGGGUCUCUCCAAUUUCUUGAAAGAUUUGUUGCGACCUGGAUUGGAAAAUUUCAAUGAAAAGAGUUUUGCUGAUAAUAGUGAUCAAUUCAUCACCGGAGACUUUUCAAAUGAUUUGGGUGAUGAUUUCUUUGGAUUUAAGGAGUUGGGCUUGGAUAAAGAGUUCAACAUGUUGACUUCUUCAAUACCAAUUUAUUUAUUGCAUUCGCGGUUACAUAAUCAAUUCAGUGGUAAUGGUGCUGCAACUAAGCGCAACAAGUAUGAAGAUUUACAAGAUUAUGAGCCUGCUAAAUUGUACGCUAGUGAUGUUAAUCAUCAAAUUGGAUUACUCACACCAUUCUAUGAAAAGUUGACUGAACGUUCUAAACAGCUGUAUGUCAAAGCACAAAAGAAGAAAGGUGAAAGUCUUGAUUUACCUGAUGAUUCACUAUUUGCGUUGAUAGAGGAUGAUGAGUUGCCACAGAAACAAAGAAAUGUGAGGCCGAAAUUGCCCCCAACGGGUAAAAUUACCACUAUUAAAAAGAAGAUUAUUGCGAGCUCGUUCUUUUUGCCCGAAGAUGAUGAGAUAAUAGAUGAUAAUGUUGAAAAAGAAUCUGAGGCAACGAUCACCGCAGAGUCAAAAGGAACGGAGAUAGGCAAAAAUGGAACAGAGAAAUCACCUGCGACUAAAAAGGAAAAUGAAAAUGGCGUGCAGGAGGAUAGGGAUGCUUCAGAACUGGGUGAAGUUGUUGUGAAGAAGGAGAAAAAUGAGACCCCUUUUGGCGAUAAUGAGUCUGGAUAUAAAGGGGAAGCUGAAAAGUCUAGCGAGGUGGCAGAUGGAGGCGAUGCAGCAACAACCGAAAACGUUCCUGACGUUCCUAAUGAAGCUUUGGAUACAGCUGAUUUAGACACACAGAUGGACGAUACGAAUGAUGCCACUGCCCUGGUAGAGACACUGACAAAGUAG